AUGGCGCUCGCCAUUCGUUCGUGUGGCAUGCUUCGAUGGAGAACACGCGUUUUGUCGGCCACUAUAGCCUGUUUGGUUUUUCUACUUGGCUGGAGCUAUUACUACGGUUCUUUCAAAGAACGGUUUGUGCCACGCCGAAUAGCUACUCACUCCACAUCACACGAUUGCUUGAGGCGUUUUGGUGUUUUUAGCGUGAACUACAACUUCACUGUCUCACCGGAAGAGCAUGGCUUUCCGAUUGGCUUCAGUCUUCUUGUGUACACCCAGCCUGAACGAGCCGUACGUUUGUUGGCUGCCAUUUACCGGCCGCAAAAUGUCUACUGUGUGCACGUAGAUAAGAAAUCUCCUGAAGACGUUACACAGGCAUUGUUAAACUACGCGACUUGUUUUGAUUCCAACCUAUUUUUUGUCCCGAACGAGCAACGAAUCGCUGUACACUGGGGUAGUGUGUCCGUCCUCGAAGCCGAACUCAUAUGUGCGCGACUGCUACUCAAUCGGACUGAGGAAUGGAAAUACUGGAUAAAUCUGACGGGACAGGAGUUCCCCUUGCGAACCAAUUGGGAACUCGUCAGAGCAUUAAAGCUGAUGAACAACACGAAUUUGGUGGCAGCAACUUACAAGGGCAGGAAUCUUUGGCGAUUUCCGCCAAAAAAUCUGUUCCCGCAUAAAAUUACUUGGUACAAGGGACCAGUACACCUAGCAGUCAGAAGGGAGUUCGUCAACUUCAUGCUGAGUGACUCAAGAGCGAUUGCACUGCUGGAAUCCUUGAAAAAAUACGAGUCUGAAAAGGGAAGUGGUAUUCAUGCAGAGGAGACAUAUUUUGCUACACUUAAUCACAACCCACACUUUUUCCCUGUCCCAGGAGCGUUCCUGGGAUUACACGAAUACAAUGUGACGGAGGGAGUGACGCGAUACAAAGUGUGGCAAGACAGUGGGAUUGCUUGCGGUAGUGGACACUGGGUUAGAACGGUCUGUAUUCUUGGUGUGGAUGACCUACCCGGUCUAUCCAAGAGUCCUCACUUUUUUGCCAAUAAAUUCCUGCCCAAUGUUGAACCAGAGGCUUACGAGAUACUUGAGCGCUGGUUAGCCGAAAAAGUUUCGUUCGAGACAACGCAUCGCGCGCUGCAUUCGUCAUUUAAUACCAGUGUCUACGCGAAUUUAGAAAUGACUUGGAAUCACUUGUAGUAAAAUGUCCUAUUCAGUAUCAAUGUUACGACUACACACUCAAAUUUUGGAUUGUAUAAGCUACCAAUCUAAAUUAGCCAAUCAUUCAUUUGAACAAAUAAAAC